AUGGAUCACGAGAAGGACCCAGGAUGGCAAUACCUGCGCUUGACGCGCGAACAAAUGUUGGAGGUAGGUAUACUGUAGAUGACUCUGUUUUACAUAGUAAUAUUAUAUAAUGACUACUGUAUCAGCAAAAGAUAUAAUACUAUCACUCUGAUAACAUGACAUUACUUUAGGAACAAUCCAAGCCUUAUGACUCUAAGAAGAACUGCUGGGUACCAGACCCAGAGGAUGGUUACGUUGCUGCCGAGAUCAAGAGCACCAGCGGUGACGAUGUUACCGUAGUCAGCUCCAAGGGUAACGAGAUCACCAUGAAGAAGGAGUUGGUCCAGGAGAUGAACCCUCCCAAGUUCGAGAAGACCGAGGACAUGUCCAACUUGACCUUCUUGAACGACGCCUCCGUCUUGACCAACUUGAGGUCCCGUUAUGGUGCUAUGUUGAUCUACGUAAGUUGGUUACUGUAUUUAAUUUCAAGAUCUAUUAUUUUGUAAUUUUAACUUUGCUAUUUCCAUUUACUUUCAGACCUACUCCGGUCUUUUCUGUGUCGUCAUCAACCCCUACAAGCGUCUCCCCAUCUACACCGACUCCGUCGCUCGUAUGUACAUGAACAAGAGACGUACCGAAAUGCCACCCCAUCUCUUCGCCGUCUCUGACGAAGCCUACCGUAACAUGUUGCAAGACCACGAGAACCAGUCUAUGUUGAUUACUGGUGAGUCCGGAGCCGGUAAGACCGAGAACACCAAGAAGGUAAUUGCCUACUUCGCCGCCGUCGGUGCUUCUCAGCAAGAAGCUGCUGAUGCCAAGGCUGGUGUUGUAGCCGAAGAAGGAGGCAAGCGUAUCACCCUCGAGGACCAGAUCGUCCAGACCAACCCUGUCUUGGAGGCCUUCGGUAACGCCAAGACCGUCCGUAACAACAACUCUUCUCGUUUCGGAAAAUUCAUCAGAAUCCACUUCAACCGAGCCGGAAGAGUCGCCUCUUGUGAUAUCGAGCACUGUAAGUUUACUAUUUCAUACCUUUGUAUAUAUACUAUAUACUGUAAUAUAAAUGCUUUUUACUUAUAAGAGAUGUCUUUCAGAUCUUCUUGAGAAGUCUCGUGUCAUCCGUCAAGCGCCUGGAGAACGUUGUUACCACAUCUUCUACCAAAUCUUCUCCGGCUACAAGCCAGAGCUGAUCAAGGAGCUCCAACUUGACAAACCAGUCAAGGACUACUGGUUCAUCGCUCAAGCCGAGUUGACCAUCGAUGGUAUCAAUGACAAGGAAGAGCAUCAGCUCACCGAUGAAGCCUUCGACGUACUCAACUUCAGCCAGGACGAGAAGAUGGACUGUUACAAGCUCAUGUCCGGUAUCAUGCACAUGGGUAACAUGAAGUUCAAGCAACGGCCACGUGAAGAACAGGCCGAACCAGAUGGAACCGACGAAGCCGAGAAGGCCGCCGCCAUGUACGGUGUAGACACCGAAGCCUUCUUGAAGGCCUUGACCAAGCCUCGUGUCAAGGUCGGUACCGAAUGGGUAUCCAAGGGUCAGAACAUGGAACAGGUCAACUGGGCCAUCGGAGCCAUGUCCAAGGGUCUCUACGCCCGUGUGUUCCACUGGCUGGUAGCCAAGUGUAACAUGACUCUCGAUCAGAAGGGUCUCAGCCGUGACUACUUCAUCGGUGUCUUGGAUAUCGCCGGUUUCGAGAUCUUCGACUUCAACUCCUUCGAGCAGUUGUGGAUCAACUUCGUAAACGAGAAGUUGCAACAGUUCUUCAAUCACCACAUGUUCGUACUCGAACAGGAAGAGUACGCUCGUGAGGGUAUCCAGUGGACUUUCAUCGAUUUCGGUCUUGACUUGCAAGCCUGUAUCGAGCUGAUUGAGAAGGUGAGUUUGAAAUGACAUUACAUACUAAACAAUCUUCUAUGCACAAUAUAAUAUAAUAAUUAAACGUUUCAGCCCAUGGGUAUCAUCUCCAUGUUGGACGAAGAAUGUAUCGUACCCAAGGCCACUGACUUGACCUUGGCCCAAAAGUUGCUCGACCAGCACUUGGGCAAGCACCCCAACUUCGAGAAACCCAAGCCACCAAAGGGCAAACAAGGAGACGCUCACUUCGCCAUGCGUCACUACGCCGGUACCGUACGUUACAACGUCAUGAACUGGUUGGAGAAGAACAAGGACCCUCUGAACGACACCGUCGUCUCCAUCAUGAAGGCCUCUCAAGCCAACCAGUUGUUGUUGGAGGUGUGGAAGGACUACACCACCCAGGAAGAAGCCGCCGCCAAGGCUAAGGAAGGCGGUGGUGGCGGAGGAAAGAAGAAGGGAAAGUCCGGAUCUUUCAUGACUGUCUCCAUGAUGUACAGAGAGUCUCUGAACAACUUGAUGACCAUGUUGAACUCCACUCACCCCCACUUCAUCCGUUGCAUCAUCCCCAACGAGAAGAAGCAGUCUGGUAUGAUCGACGCCGCUCUGGUACUCAACCAGCUGACCUGUAACGGUGUACUUGAAGGUAUCCGUAUUUGCCGUAAAGGUUUCCCCAACAGAAUGUUGCACGCUGACUUCCGUCAACGUUACUCCGUCUUGGCCGCCGACGCCGCCAAGUCUUCUGAAGACCCGAAGAAGGCCGCCGAAGCCAUCCUCCAACAAAUCAUCAACGAUGGAGGUUUGACUGAGGAGAACUUCCGUGUCGGUCAGACCAAGGUGUUCUUCAAGGCCGGAGUGUUGGCUUCCCUUGAAGAUCUUCGUGAUGCCAAAUUGGGAGCCAUCAUGACUGGAUUCCAGGCCACCAUCCGUUGGUACUUGGGACUGGCCGACCGUCGUCGCCGUAUGCAACAACGUGCCGGUCUUCUGAUCCUUCAACGCAACAUCCGUUCAUGGUGCACACUCCGCACCUGGGAAUGGUUCAAGCUGUACGGCAAAGUCAAGCCUAUGCUCAAGGCCGGAAAGGAAGCCGAAGAGCUGGAGAAGCUUGGCGACAAGAUGAAGGAACUCGAAGACGCCUUGGCCAAGGAACAACAACUCCGCAAGGAGGCCGAGGAACAAGGUGCCAAGCUGGUUGAGGAGAAGAACCAGCUCUUCACCAACCUCGAGAGCACCAAGACUCAACUCUCCGAGUCCGAAGACAAACUGUCCAAGCUCACUUCCCAGAAGAACGACUUGGACCGUCAGUUGGGCGAGUUGAACGACCGUCUCGGCGACGAAGAAGACCGUAACGCCGACUUGUCUCGCGCCAAGAAGAAGACCGAGAGCGAGCUCGAGAACCUGAAGAAGCAGAUCCAAGACUUGGAGCUGUCUCUCCGCAAGGCCGAGUCCGAGAAGCAGUCCAAGGACCACCAAAUCCGCUCCAUCCAAGACGAGAUGCAACAACAAGACGAGAACAUCGCCAAGUUGAACAAGGAGAAGAAGCACCAAGAGGAGAUCAACCGCAAGCUCCAAGAGGACCUCCAAUCCGAAGAGGACAAGACCAACCACACCAACAAGCUCAAGUCCAAGUUGGAACAGAGUCUCGACGACCUCGAGGACACUCUCGAACGUGAGAAGCGUUCCCGUGCUGAGACCGAGAAGCAGAAGAGAAAGGUCGAGGGAGAGCUGAAGAUCGCUCAAGAGAACAUCGACGAAGUCAGCAAGCAGAAGACUGACGUCGAGAACAACCUCAAGAGAAAGGAGGCCGAACUCCACUCCGUCUCCUCCAAGCUCGAGGACGAACAGUCCUUGGUUGGCAAACUCCAACGUCAAAUCAAGGAACAACAAGCUCGCAUCGGAGAGCUCGAGGAGGAGAUCGAGAGCGAACGCAGCUCCCGCUCCAAGGCCGACCGUACCAAGAGCGAACUUCAACGUGAAUUGGAAGAGCUCUCCGAACGUCUGGACGAACAAGGAGGAGCCACCGCCGCUCAAGUUGAAGUCAACAAGAAGCGUGAGGCCGAAUUGGCCAAGCUUCGUCGUGACUUGGAAGAGGCCAACCUCAACCACGAAACCCAAUUGGGAUCUCUCCGCAAGAAGCACACCGACGCCGUUGCUGAACUCAGCGACCAACUCGAGCAGCUCCAGAAGCAGAAACAGAAGGCCGAGAAGGACCGUCAACAGAUUCAGCACGAGUUGGAAGACCUCCAAGCUCAGCUCGACUCCGAGAGCUCCGGCCGCUUGAACAGCGAGAAGGUGUCCAAGCAAUUCGAACUCCAAUUGGGAGAAUUGCAAGCCAAGUGUGACGAGCAAUCUCGUCUUUUGCAAGACUUCACUUCCCUCAAGGGACGUCUCCACAACGAGAACGGUGACCUCAACCGUCAGUUGGAAGACGCCGAAUCUCAGGUCAACAACUUGUCUCGUCUGAAGUCGCAGCUCACCAGCCAGCUCGAGGAGGCUCGCCGCACCGUCGACGAAGAAGCGCGCGAACGUCAAGCUGCCGUCGCUUCGGCCAAGAACUACCAACACGAGCUUGAACAACUCCAAGAAUCCUUGGAAGACGAAGUCGAAUCCAAGAACGAGGUUCUCCGUCAACUCAGCAAGGCCAACGCCGAGAUCCAACAAUGGAAGACUCGCUUCGAAGGAGAAGGGCUUCUCCAAGCCGACGAAUUGGAAGAUGCCAAGAAGCGUCAGCAACAGAAGAUCAACGAGCUUCAGGAAGCUUUGGAUGCCGCCAACUCCAAGAUCACCAACUUGGACAAGACCCGCGCCCGCCUCAGCAACGACUUGGACGACGCUCAGGUUGAUGUCGAAAGAGCCAACUCCUUUGCUGCCCAGAUGGAGAAGAAGCAGAAGGGUUUCGACAAGGUGGUCGACGAAUGGAAACACAAGGUCGACGACCUCAACGCCGAGCUUGACGCCGCUCAACGUGACAGCCGCAACGCCGCCACCGAACUGUUCCGCGCCAAGAACGCCCAAGAAGAGCUCCAAGAAGUGGUCGAAGGACUUCGUCGCGAGAACAAGAACCUUGCCCAAGAAAUCAAGGAUCUCACCGACCAACUUGGAGAAGGUGGUCGCUCCGUUCACGAGAUGCAGAAGAUCAUCCGCCGCCUCGAGAUCGAGAAAGAAGAACUCCAACACGCUUUGGAUGAAGCCGAAGCCGCCCUCGAAGCCGAAGAAUCCAAGGUUCUCCGGGCCCAAGUCGAGGUCUCCCAGAUCCGCUCCGAAAUCGAGAAGAGAAUCCAGGAGAAGGAGGAGGAGUUCGAGAACACCAGAAAGAACCACCAACGUGCCAUGGACUCGAUGCAAGCCUCCUUGGAGACCGAAGCCCGCGGCAAGGCUGAGUUAUUGCGCGUGAAGAAGAAGUUGGAGUCCGACAUCAACGAGUUGGAGAUCGCUUUGGACCACGCCAACAAGGCCAAUGCCGACGCCCAGAAGAACUUGAAGCGUCACCAAGAACAGAUCCGCGAGUUGCAACUCCAGGUCGAGGAAGAGCAGCGCACCCGCGACGAUCUCCGUGAACAAUACCUCAACGCCGAAAAGAGAGCCACCAUCCUCCAAUCCGAACGCGAGGAGAUCGCCGUCGCCUUGGAACAAGCCGAACGUUCUCGCAAGCAGGCCGAGUACGAAGCCGCCGAUGCUCGCGAACAGGCCAACGAAGCCAACGCUCAGCUCAACUCCUUGAACGGCCUCAAGCGCAAGUUGGAAGGUGAAUUGCAAGCUCUCCAUGUAAGUAGAUCAUGAAUUCAUUUUACAGCUAGGAUUGACAUAAUCUUAUAUAAUUAACAAAGUUAUGGUGGUAUGAAGCUAAGUUAAAAUAAUUUAGCCUUACAAUAGCUCGAAAUCUGCGAAUUUCAAAAGCGAUUUUGCGCGACAAAACCAAGUUCGUGAGCUGUUUUAAGUGCGGGCUUUCUUUGUCUCUUGUUAGCCGCAAAUUGACAAGGAUCACUCAGCCCUAUCUCAUAUACCGUUUUGAAUUUAAUUCUCUAAUGCGUAGGCGACUACUGCGUAGACAUCACAGUAUUCAUUAUUACUUUCCCGAAGAUGAACAACAAGAUGAGCCACCUAAAGUAGAGGUUUUAAUGUUAUUUAUUGCAUAAUUACUGGUAAACCAGUCAGUUUAGUAAUGUAUUAGCUAAUUUGACUACCUUUCAGGCCGAUCUCGAUGAAACCCUCAACGAGUACAAGUCAGCUGAAGAACGCUCCAAGAAGGCCAUGGCCGAUGCCUCCAGAUUGGCUGAGGAACUCCGUCAAGAACAAGAACACUCCCUCCACAACGACCGUCUCCGCAAGGGACUUGAACAACAAGUCAAGGAGAUGCAGGUCAGACUUGAUGAAGCCGAAGCCGCCGCUCUCAAGGGUGGAAAGAAGGUUAUUGCCAAGUUGGAGCAACGUAUCCGUGAAUUAGAAUCCGAACUCGACGGUGAACAACGCCGCUUCCAAGAUGCCAACAAGAACGCCAGCAAAUUGGACCGCAGAGUUCGCGAGCUCCAAUUCCAGAUCGACGAAGACAAGAAGAACUUCGAACGUAUGCAAGACCUCGUUGACAAGCUCCAGAACAAGCUCAAGACCCAGAAGAAGCAACUCGAGGAAGCCGUAAGUUGUUUGAGCAUUUGAAACAGCACCUUUAACAAAAUUCGAUCGUAAAUAGAUACUUUUCUUACCUAAAAUAACUAAAUUUGAAUGUUUCAGGAGGAAGUUGCCAACACCAACCUCCAAAAGUACCGCCAACUCCAACAUCAAUUGGAGGACGCCGAAGAGCGUGCCGAUGUCGCUGAGAACGGAUUGUCCAAGAUGCGCGCCAAGAGCCGUUCGGCCGCUUCCGUCGCCCCAAGCGGUGGAAUCCAGACCUCGCAAUCGGCUGCCAUUCUCCGCCAACCGUCUCGUGCUCGUAUGUCUUCAUCCAACCUCGCUGACUUCUAG